AUGAGCGUCCUCGGUUGCCGUGCCCACAGAUUGGCAUCGGCAGUUCUCCUUGCCGGAAUACUGCCAUGCGCCUCUCAGCGUGCUUUCAAGAUCAGCAGCAGCGCGUGUACUUUGACUGCUUCCGCUUCAAGCUGUCAGGUAGCAGCUGCGGGUGACGCAGCUCUGCAGAUUGUUUUCAAUGCCAAUGCUGCGACAGCUCUGACAUUGGACAUGUCUUCUACAACAACCUGCAGCGCAUCUGGAAUAGUCUGUCCGCAGGUUUUUAUGGUAACAUCUGACCACUCAGAGAACGUGGUCAAGCUGUCGAAGUGUUCGUACUACAAGCAGGCCGACUACAGCACGCACUUGUUGACCUAUACAUUCAUGAAUGUUGGCGCAAGCUCUGCUUUUGCAGUUCACGAUGAUCAUAAUGUUGGCCGAGCGGUCGUGCCUCCGGGGUCCAUCAGAGAGUGCUUUUGUCACUGCUCUGGGACCUGUGCCACUGGCACCAACAAUCGGCUAUACUGCACCCACAUCAGUACGCGUUGA